GUGUGGAAGGAGCUCGACUACGGCUCGAUGACGGAGGCGGAGAAGCAAAUGCUCGUCUCGGAGGUGAAUUUGCUUCGCGAGCUGAGGCAUCCGAAUAUCGUCCGGUAUUACGAUCGGAUCAUCGACAGGAGCAGAACGACCUUGUACAUCGUGAUGGAGUACUGUGACGGGGGUGACCUGGCUAGCUUAAUUGCGGAGUGCACGAAAGAAAGGCAUCACUUGGAAGAAAGCUUUGUUCUCCGAGUAUUGACUCAAUUGACAUUGGCCUUGAAGGAAUGUCACAGACGGAGUGAUGGUGGAGUCACUGUGCAUCGUGACCUUAAACCAGCAAAUGUCUUUCUAGACGGCAAGCAGAAUGUGAAACUUGGGGAUUUUGGACUGGCUAGAAUACUGCACCAUGACACCAGCUUUGCCAAAACGUUUGUUGGAACUCCGUAUUAUAUGUCUCCAGAACAAAUGAACCAUAUGUCAUACAAUGAAAAAUCUGACAUCUGGUCUCUAGGAUGUCUCCUGUACGAAUUAUGUGCUCUCUCGCCUCCGUUUAGGGCUUACAACCGAAAGGAGUUGGCAGAAAAGAUAAGGGAAGGGAAAUUCAGACGACUACCAUAUCGUUACUCAGACCAGUUGAAUGAACUUCUCAAAGAGAUGCUGAACGUAAAGGAUUAUUGCCGACCUUCUGUUGAAGAUAUUCUGCAGCACCCCUUGAUAGCAGACUUGGUGACAGAAGAACAAAGACAAAAUUCUGACAAAAGAGGCCAGAGAUCACGGGAGCCAGAAAGGCUGCAGAAUUCAGAUGCUGCAGUGAAUGAGCUGAAACGGAAGGAGCAACAAUUACAGGAGCGAGAACAAGCCAUUAAAGAGAGAGAGCAACGCUUGGAGCAGAGAGAACGGGAACUCUGUGUUCGAGAGAGACUGGCAGAGGACAAACUUGCUAGAGCUGAAAACAUGAUGAGGAACUACAAUCGCUACAAACAACAGAGGACAUUAGCUUGUGCAGAUGGUCCAGAUAACGCACUCCUGCUCCCCUUUUCUACAACCAAGAAGAAAGUACACUUUGAUGGAAGUGCACACAAUGCUGUGCCUCCCGCUAAUUUGGAAAACUGUCCCCUUUCCAACAUGAAAUGCUCUGAUCUCAAAAAACGUCUAUAUGCUGUAAAUCUACGGGCUCAAGCACUGUCUGAACUGGAAGAAAGCUAUCAACUAAAGAGCAGACAAAUCUUGGGCAUGCGCUGAAUCUGUAACAUAGAUGUACAGCAUUUAACUUUUUAGAGUUGAUUAAAUGUAUAGGAGGAUACUUGUGCCUCCUGCUUUUAAGCUGGAACCUACUGAAAAUAUAUUUUACCACUUGUUUUACAAAUUUUU